GUUUUUUAAUUUAUUUCAAGUAGCUUUGAAGUGCAUCUCGACGCGGUUCGAAGCGUGAAAAUGAGGUUCAAUGCAUCCGCUGUUCGCGUUUCGUGAAAUAUGGAAGAAUCCGCGUUCCAAACGUGUGGGAUGAACGGAGGAAGUGAUUCUGUGUGGGUUGGGCUUCCACAAACCCAAGUACAGACACAACAGCCGCAUUCUUUGUGCUAUUUGUGGCUGUCGUCGGUGUUGCGGAUCAUUCGCAAGCGCCUCGUUCUGGGACUUAUCUUCGUCUUUUCGUUGUCCUAUUUCCUGAUCAGCCUGCAUUAUGGGUCUCGUUCAAUGGGUUUGAUCGACGACAAUUCCGAGGAACUCAGUGUCGUUCCCAAGUGGCAGAAAGACGGAGGCGGUGUCGGAAAUUUCCCGUGGCGCAGCCCGGAUGAUGACCGGGUGGAAGUUGCACCGCCGUUGGAUGCCGACCCGACGAGCAACGACACUCUGCGCCACUUGCAAGGCGGGGAAAAUCCCGAGGAAGCGUUGCCUAAAACUGCUGUUGCGAAAAGCUCCUCGGCCCCGUGCAGAAAUUCAGUACAGGGCUUGCAGUUGAUCGCGGAUGAUCGAGGUUUUGUUUGCAAGCGGGAUGAAGUCCUGCCAACGGGUUGUUGUGACCGCGGGAUUCCCACGACGUCUCGUUAUGUUUGCGAAUCUUGUCUCUCCAACCACUGUUGCAAAAUCUAUGAGCAU